AACACUAGUAGCAACCUUCACCAACACAAACACCAACGCUACCUCCUCUCCCUUCCUCUCUCUCUGCCCCUUCUUCUCUUUCGAUUCUUUCUCUCUUCAUCCUUUCCUUCGACCCACCCCAUGUUUGAUCUCUUCUUCUUCUUCUCGCGUGUCUCUCUGGUAUGUAAUUUCAUGGCAAUCCCAUGAGAGUUGUGACCAACAAGGGCCAUGGAGAAGAAGUGUGGGUGCUGGGAUGUUCUAAAACGCGGCGUUAGAGGUGCGUGCAAACCCUCAGCUCCUAGAGACUCUGCUUGCACUAUUCCUCGUACUAGUCUCGUUUAUGAUGCAGCGACUGAGACGCGUUACCUGAAUGCUAGUAAUCGAGAAUUAUGUCCUCCCAAUGAUGCUCAACUAUCUUAUGAUAAUACCAUAUCCCAACCUGAGGAAAACAGGGCUCCUUGUCAGCUCCUUCAAUUUUCUUUUCAGGAACUAAGAGCUGCGACCGGAAAUUUCAGACCUGAUAGCAUUCUUGGGGAAGGCGGGUUCGGGUUUGUGUUCAAGGGAUGGAUAGAAGAAAAUGGGACAGCCCCGGCCAAACCAGGUUCAGGGGUUACAGUGGCUGUGAAAAGCUUGAAGCCAGAUGGUCUUCAGGGCCAUAGAGAAUGGGUGGCUGAAGUUGACUUCCUCGGACAGCUUCACCAUCCUAACCUUGUGAAACUUAUUGGUUACUGUAUUGAAGAUGAUCAGCGACUUCUUGUUUAUGAGUUUAUGACCCGUGGAAGCCUGGAAAAUCAUCUUUUCAGAAGAACUGUGCCUCUUCCAUGGUCCAAUAGGGUAAAGAUAGCCCUUGGUGCAGCUAAAGGGCUGGCCUUCCUCCAUAGUGGUCCAGAACCAGUCAUUUAUAGAGAUUUUAAAACAUCAAACAUUUUGCUUGAUUCGGAGUAUAAUGCCAAGCUCUCAGAUUUUGGUCUAGCUAAAGCAGGGCCUCAAGGAGACAAGACACAUGUUUCUACCAGAGUUGUUGGAACUUAUGGUUAUGCUGCUCCUGAAUACGUCAUGACAGGACACUUGACAGCUAAAAGUGAUGUUUAUAGCUUUGGAGUCGUGUUACUUGAGAUUUUAACAGGGAGGAGAUCUAUGGACAAGAAGCGCCCUAGUGGGGAACAAAAUCUGGUGUCAUGGGCUCGGCCAUAUUUAGCUGACAAGCGAAAGCUAUACCAACUUGUGGAUCCUCGCUUGGAACUAAACUAUUCUCUCAAAGGGGUGCAGAAAAUUUCUCAGUUAGCUUAUAAUUGCCUCAGUAGGGACCCCAAAUGCCGUCCUAACAUGGAUGAGGUUGUGAAGGCUCUGACUCCAUUGCAGGAUCUCAAUGAUCUUGCAAUCUUAUCUUACCACUCCCGUUCAUCAUCUCAACAAGGGAGAAGAAAAAAGAAAGCAGAUGGAACUCCACAUUCACAGUUUGCCUACACUCAAUCCAAGAGCAUCAAGGGUACCUCUCCCUUGAACACCAGCAAGCAUCAUCGAUGAUGAUGAUUAUGAUGAGAAGUGAUUUGCUUCUCUGUUUUGCUGGCUCAAUCAUUGAUUGAAACAAAGGCCGGGAUGCCUUCUUUGUUAUUUAUGUUGUGUGGAGAUGGGUAGUUCAGCCUUCGGUAAUUUUUGGGAGUUUAAGAUACAUCAGGGCCAAAAGAACCAUUUAAGAGUAUGUUAUACUGAUCUUCUUUAAGCCCUUUUUAUUAGAGCUAGCUGACCAUCAAUGUGGAACAUGCCUUCAUUGCCAUUUGCCUAUGCUGUAAUUGAUGUAGUCUGGUAAAAGUACAUGAAAGGCCUUACAUUUGAGAACAUCAUUUGCGGCAGCAACCUUAAUCAAUUGCUUUGAGCUGUGGGAAUACCGUUAUUCUACUUUA